AUGUUGAAAAAUCUAAAAGCUAUUGAAGAUGAGCGAAUAGUGGCAAAAUGUUAUGUUGAAUUGGGAGAUGUUACCAAGGAGAAAGGCGAAUAUGAUGAAAGUCUUCGAUAUCAUCGCAAGUCAAUGGAAAUAUUCGAACGAAUUGCUGAUGCACUUAGUGUAGCCGAUAGCCAUUUGAAUAUAGCUGCAGUCUACAAAGCCAAAGGUGAAUUAAAAGAAGCAAUGAGUGAAUACGAAAAAGGAUUGGCACUUUAUGAGGAUGUUGUUGUAGACGAUGCAUUUAAAAACAGUGAUAGUGUAUUACCAGCCGCUCAUGAUGCAUUAACAGCAAGAAUUAUAGAACGUGCAGGUUUUCAAGCUUAUCAAAUUGGUGGUUUUGCUUUAAAUGGUGCACGACAUGCUUAUCCUGAUCUUGUUUUAACACAUUUUGGUGAAGAACGUACAGGUUUUUAUGAUAUUAUCGUAGCUUCAUCAUUACCUGUAAUGAUUGAAGCUGAUCAUUGUUAUGGUGAUGUAAAAAAUGUAACACGAACAAUUAGAGGAUAUGAAGCACUUGGUGUAUCAGCUUUGUUUUUUGAAGAUCAACGAGCACCUAAACGAUGUGAUCAUCUUCAAGAACUUGUAUCAGUGAAUGCUAUAGUAUCGAUAAUUCGUGCAGCUUUAGCAGCAUGUUCCGAAUCGGAAUUUUUCAUUAUUGCUCGAACAAAUGCUAUUGAAGCGUAUGAUUUUGAUGAAGCAUUACGCCGUGGCGAACGAUAUUUACAAGUGGAUGCUGAUGGUUUAUUUAUUGAAAGCUCGCGAAAUGUAGAACAAAUCGAACGUAUUGGACGAUAUUUUAAAGGUGCAUCACUUUGUGUGAAUAUAUUCAAAGGUGGUGAUCGCACACCAUGGGUUUCGCCAGAUGAAUUACAUAAAAUGAAAUUUUCUAUGAUUCUUUAUCCAACAACAAUUUUAUUUCGUGUUAUGCAUACUAUUGAACAAGCUGUAAGAGAUUUAAAAGCUGAAAAACAAUUAUGA